UAUCGUUCAGUCUGCCUCUAGAAGUCGAUCGUGAAUCGUGGCCAGUCAGUUCCGCUCGCUACCAAAAAAACAAAAAGCCGAUACCCUCAAUACUCCCCCAACCCCCUCAACAUAAAAAAAAAAAAAACAUCAAAAAUAUAUACAAGUGUUUUUUUUCUAGUUUAAGUUUAAGACGCGCGCGCUCUUUGAGUUAAUUGCAAUUGUUGUUGGUCCAAGACACCCGCAUUAAAACCACACACACACACACACCUCACACACACCCCAGACAAUAUGAAGUACUUCAACAUCUGCCUGCUCUUCAUCGUCUGCGUACUGUGCUACGGCCUGGUUUCUGCCCAGGAUGAAGGUGGUCCGGCUGUAUCGCCGGCCAAAAGGAUCGCCGCCCUACGCCGUCCUGUUGGCAAGGCAGCCAAGGUGACCACUACGACGACACCGGCGCCAGCACAUGUAGAUGCCGGCGGUGAGGGUGAGGAAUACGACGAGGAGGUCGGCGAACACGGUGAUCAUGGCGAAGAGGGCGAUGAGGCGGCCUUUGCUAGCUCGACAACCACCACCACCACUGAGGCGCCCAAGAAGGUCGGUCCGGUUAUCCGGCCAUUCCGUUCCAACGAUGAUUUCCUCAACUCUCUAAAGCGUCGUCAGGCGAACGCCAAGAAACACCGCGCCGAGAAGCCACCAAGUCCCAGCAAGCCAGCCAAGAAGAGCGAGGAUUCUAACUCCGGCGAGCAGGAGGAGCCGGCAUCCGCGCCAGCACCCGCCCCAGCAUCCAGUCCAGCCAAGGGCUACAAGGGCAAUUCAGCAUUGAGCCGUCGCAAGCUUUCGAAACCCGUUAAGGCGGCGCCCGUGGAGGCGUUGGAUGAUGCUGCCGCCGAGGAAUCGGAGCAACAGCAGAAGGAGGAGACAAAGCCGAAGCGCCCCAUUGGUGCUCGUCUGGCCCUGCGAAAGCGCAACUAGGCGGUAUUGGGUAUUCAAAAGUCCAGUGCCCCCAUACUUCAUGCCACAAAUCCCUAUCCCUAACUCCAAUCCCAAUCCAUCGAAUCAUAUGGCUAGCUAUGUGGCAGCCCGAUCUGCCCCUUAGUUCUUAGUUCGCAAUUGAUUUUUUGUGUAUGUAAUAUAUUUGUAAUUUUAUGUUGUAAACAAAAACACGCACACACACACCACACAAACACACACACACAUAUACACAUUCACACAAGACUCACUCAAUCACGCCCACGACCACGACGCACACUAUCUAGAGACCAGACCUCCCCACCAUCCUCCAUGUCCGUGUUAAAUACUAAUAUAUAUUUCGCGAAUAUAUUGACGGAUAUUUACACGGGCACAAAUUAUGUAUUCUUCACAACCAUCAAUCAAACAAUCAAUCAACCAGUAAUAAAAACAACAAAAUCUAAAA